AUGUUGGCUGGCAAUGUCGCUGAAGAGGUUGAUGAUGACCUCUAUGACCGAUUAGAUGGCCUUGGAAGAGGAGAUAUGCCUAGUCUUACUUCUGACACGUGGCCCGGUCCCGUGGUCACUGAGGAACCAUCCUUUCCUUUCCCAACUGCUCGAAGAAUUCUACGUCGGCCUGUCGAUUGGACGACGUCCUGGGAAGCCGUGAAGACAUGGUUUGAUGACUGUGGUGCAAUCAUCGGACCUUUGGUACCUCCCGAUAUGAUACCUGAAAUUGUGCGUACUCUGUGGACGUACAGAGAUUUGAGCGCAGCAUCCGUGGUGGAUGUUCCCCCGACAGACAUUUACAGCCACAUCCCUCGGUUGAAGGAAGAUCAGUGGUCAUUUAUUUCGGAACAUCUACUUCCUCGGCUGUUGUGGUCCUUGCUUAAGCUGAGUUUCAAAAAGGUGGCCAUUGGUGUGAAGUCUGUCCUCGCCGUGGGCUGGGUACACGAGACUGGAGGUGUCAUGAAAAUCAAGACGGAGAGAUCCCAGAAGUUGAGAAACUGGCCUACCCCCAGGACACAGACCGAUGUCCGCAGUUUCUUGGGAGCCCUUGGACCGUGCAGGAGAUGGAUCCCCAACUGUGCUGAAAUUGCCAGACCUUUGAACAGACUCACCGGUGAUGUUGAGUGGCAAUGGACUGCCCCAGAAGCCGCUUCACUGGCUCUUUUGAAGAAGAUAGCAGCCGACGCCAUGGACAUGUUUGGCUAUGCAUUUGACUUGCCAGUCGACAUGUACACUGAUGCCAGUGGUUAUGGUGCGGGAUGUGCAGUCCUGCAGACUCGAGACAACCAUGCCUGGCCAAUCCUCUAUGAUUCAUUCCUGUUCAACAAAACUCAGCGGAACUAUGGCACAUACAAGCGGGAAUUGCUUGCUAUUGUGGAGUUCUGUCGAAAACACACACAUCUCUUCACGUUGAGAGGAAUGUCCACUAUCUGGACUGACCAUAAACCGCUCACUUGGUUUCUAUCUGCGUCUAAUCAUGAAGGGAUUUACGCUCGAUGGGUUACAGAACUGAGACUACUGAAUGUCCAAAUCAAGUAUAUAGAGGGAAAACGCAAUGCGGCCGCUGAUGGUCUGUCGAGAACUAUUUUCCCUGGGGACAUGUGCUCUGAUGCUGUGGAGGAUUUACAGACUUGUGGUCAUAUGGAAGGAGGCGAAUGGAUCUGGAAGGAUGGACUCGAUGGUUACAAGAACUUGCUGGAGCUGUUGGCAAGACAACCUGAUGCCACCCUGCCUCCACAGAUGACCAAAGCCCUUGGCUGUCAUGUGGAUUCUUUUAUGCCCUCUUGGGACCAAAUUUGUUGGUCGGACAAGACUUCGUUGGGGGAUGAUUGGACCAGACUUGUUGGAGGCGAUCCCAUCUGGGUGAGAAUCAACGCAUCAACUAUGUCAGACCGGCAUGAAGAAAUGGCAGAUUUUGCGGCAAGUUCGUGGUAUUCGGACGUGACCAAGUACCUGUUGUCAGGCGAGAUGAUGGACCAAUAUGACAGACAUGAAUUGAGAAGGAUACGGGCCAAAGCCCAGAGUUACAGGAUCAAAGAUGAACGGUUGUGGAAGAAUAUCAGAGGGAAGUGGUUGAGGUGUCUGUUGGACGACGAGAUCGCUCAAGCCUUGUACGAUGCUCAUGAUGAAAUGGGACAUUUCCACCCAGAGAUUACCAGACGACAUUUGGUGAGGACAGUUUGGUGGCCUGGAAUGACUACAGAUGUCGUUGAUUACUACAACGGGUGUUUGGUGUGUGCUCGCCAUGCAUCAGCCAAGACAAAGGCCCCAGAUCAACCACUGCGGGUUGAUGCCCCAUUUCAACUUCUGGGUUGUGAUCACAUAGGUCCCUUUCCUGUGACCUUGCGGCAUCACAAAUACAUCUUGGUUAUCGUCGACUAUUUUUCUCGCUACACGUGGUUGAUCCCAUGCAAGUCCGUGUCUGCAGAUGAUUCGGUAGCUGCCCUGGAGCAAUGGUUUUGCUGGGUGCCUGAACUCCCUAUGGUUAUAUAUCUAGACCCCGAGUCUGGAUUCAGGUCAGCGAAGUUUGUCAAUGCCGCAAGACGAAGGCAUGUCGAAGUUGUCCACUCACCAUCUACAUCCCACAAGAGUACGGGCAUGGCUGAGGUCACUGUGAAGAUAUCACAACAAAUCCUGGGGAAGAUUGCCGGAGGACUCCUUGCCUGGGAUGAUAACCUGGCUGCGGUCAUGUCAAGUAUCAACAAGCGACAUAUUCGAUCCCUGGGAUUUUCUCCAUCAGAGAUAUUGUAUGGCCUUGGGCCAAGAUCAGGUCUGGAUCUGAAGUAUGCCUCACUGUCUACCAUUGACAGGCGAUCAUACAUUCGGUUGGGGAGACACCGAAUGGACAGGGAUUCUUUUCAAGCUGAACUCGUGUUGCGACACUUGAGCCAGUUACACGAUAUCCAGCAGAAUAUCAAGAACCAGCGCUACGAUACCGCCGCUGUCAGACAAGCUGCACAUGAUGCUCGACAGUCGAGACCUUUGGACGUUGAUGAUUUGGUCAUGCUGUUACAGGAGGGAAAACCGCCAAAACUGAGACCUCGUUGGAGAGGACCAUUUCGAAUCUCGCGACGCACUAGCAGGGCAUUAUAUUAA